GUUUAAUAUAAAACCAACUAAGCAUAUCCACUGGAAUUCAUUAAGUGUCUUACCACAAGUCUCUUAGUACCUCCAAAAGCACACAGCCAACCGACAAUCAACUAACUACCCCAGUGUACGACGGACAGAUUGUUUGAACGCCUGACCAAACCGCACGUCUGCCCCAGUGAACACGUACAAAUUUUGAAAUUGUACAAAGUACGAAUCGAAGGAGUGCAACGCCAAUUGUGAUUGCUACAGAUAAAGGCACCGCGCGGUUAACUUCAAAAAAUAUAUAUUAUAUCUAUAUAUUUUUACCACGAAACCAAAUACGUAAACAAAAAGAUUAUAUGUUAUAAUUUUUGUUUUAAACCAAAAGUGCAACUUGGCUGUUUACAUACAUACAUAUAUGUACGAACAAUUGUGCUUUUGCAGCGUAUCCAAACACGAGAAAAUAGUAAAUAUCCAAAGUAAAGAGCAACGAAAUUUUUGGUGUUAAAAAAAGUGUGUAUAAUUUGCAUAAAAAAGUGCAGAAAAGUGUUUGAUGCGUUUUUGUUGUAGCUGUUGGAUUUGAGAAAUAGUUUACACAGCUAUUAUUGAGAUUUGUGCAUUUCUUGUGUACAAUUUCGAAAUUACCUACUUGUAAUCCCAGUGGAUACGCAGCAAAUUUGUACCAGCAAAAUGAAAUUCUUAGCUUCCUUAUUUGCCAUCUUCAUGAGUUUGGCUUUGGUCGCCAGUCAACGGUUCUUCCCUAUACCGACAAACUUUAACUUCAACUCAGGCGGUCUGUCGUCUCCAAAUGCAAUCCGGGAUGGACGCAAUAACCGAGGUCCCGUGCUGUUUCCACCAUCACCACCAAAUCAAUUCGAUGAGAGCAGCGGCGUGAUAGUUGGAGCUUCCGGUUAUGGCUUUGUGCCACCCCAACAGCAAAAUUCUGGCGAGACGUAUUUUACCACUACUUAUGGGGUACCAGCCGAUUCUUACACCGCCUUCAACUACUUCAGCAAUCCAUAUUCACAUCAGUUUACUUUGCUUUAAACGAAAUGUGGAUAAAAACCAGUCAUAGUUAUAUGUAGUUAUGUGUUAUAUGUUGUAGUUAAAUAAUGUUAAAUAAAACUAAAAUGUAUGAA